GGGACACUCACAUUUCUUUAACGGAGCACGCACCUCUGUUGUAUGCCCUAACAAGGAUCGUUGCUGACCGGGCAUAUUAUCUGCAGCCGCAUCAGACAAUGAAGAUUGAUUCUUAUAGUCUAGGCUGUAGGUACCAUUCGUUAAGUUGAGAAGAUCGCGAGCUGUUUCCCAGUCCUCACUCCAGUGACGAAUCCCGUACGCUAUGCCUAUACCAUGAUAGCAGCAAGCUGCGCCAGCCUAUAGCUGCGAUGCGGGAGAUGCAGAAGUAUUUUCCUGAAGGGGGAUGAGAAUGGAUCAUAUUUCCGGCAAGACCAUUUAUACUGCGCCGGAAGAAAGUACCGUGAGGAUCACGCAGGCUCUGGAUCACUUACCGGUUGGGAAACGCCAGCUUUGGAUUGCAAGGAAUGCGAGAGAUGGCGGAUUGCAGGGCAAGGUGGGUGCAUGGCGUCUUCUUUAGCAGAGACCUUUCCAGUUUUCAGAUGAACAGUGGGAUGUCAAGUGCAGAUUCUCGAAAUCAGAACGUGCUGAG